CAGAUGCCGACAGAUGUGCCCGAAGACAGGCUCAACAACGAGGAGAAGGCGACCACGUGUGACAGUAUGACUCUGUCCAGCACCCCGACUGUUCGCAGAGGAAGCACUCCUCUGCCUAUUAAGCACCAGCUCAGACGAGAGGAAGCUGUCCAUGAUGACUGUGACUGGACAUCAGGUGCAGCUGGACCUUCCGCUUCACCGCUCAGCUUCAGCCCAGCCUUGGACGACACGCUGACCGUGGCGGUGGAGGGUAGACCUGAUGGGCCUCUAAGGAUCGCCCUGCUGGGGCAGAACGGCGUGGGGAAGUCUUCUCUGGCCAUCGCCCUCGCCGGGGACAUGGACCGGACUGCGUCUGUGGAUUCUGAUGGGGAGGGUUAUGUGCGCACAGUCACAGUGGAUGACGAGGAGAGCACCAUCAUUAUCUAUGACAACUGGAGACAGGACCUGUCGGCUCUGCAGUGUGAGGCGUGUGUCCUGGUGUUUUCGGUGACUGACAGGCGUAGUUUCCACCGCACUGCUCAACUCCGACUUCUCCUGAGAGAGACUCAGCCCCAAACUCCCAUCAUCCUUGUUGGUAAUAAGAGUGACCUUGUUCGCACACGUGAGGUGACCUCUCAAGAGGCCAUGUCCAGCGCCGCCCUCUUCAACUGUCUGUAUCUGGAGAUCUCUGCCUCUCUGGAUCACCGUACCCCGGAGCUCCUGGAGUGUGCGGUGCGUCUGGCCAGGGGCCAGUCUCCGUGGCCCCCGGGGACCAAUGCGGAGGACCUGAGCGGAGGCGGCCAACGCGAAAGCAUCACCUCCCGUGCCAAACGUUUCCUGUCCAGCCUGGUGCCCCGGUACCCGCGAGAGCGAGAAGUGGGCAAGUUCCUGAGGCAGAAGUCCCGCUCGUGCCACGACCUGGGGGCGCUGUGA